UGCCAUUGGUGGCUCGUAGUAUACAAGUGCGUGUGGGUGUUCGUAAAUAGUAGUGGACUGAGAAUCUCGACACAAGCACUUACUCUUGACGCCCUUACACGCGAGGUGCUCCGCGGAUGGCCAGACCAAGUGACAAGAUAAGGUGCAGAUACGAGACUGCCUCCACGCAGCCGACGAGUGAAACUAAAGGUUAAGAGGCGACAGGGACUCGGGGGGCAGAGGAGAGGCAUUACUCUGGCGCUACGGACGAGAGCCACAUCAGCAGCAGUACUGUACAACGUCGAGGCACUGCCAUUGUGUGAGACACUGCACGUAGCGGCGGGGAGCAGCACACAUAGACACACGCAUACAACAUGGUGCGGAGAGGAGCUGUAUUAACGGUGGUGAUGGUGGUUGUGAUGCUAACGGCGGUGUCACAACCGACGACGGCAGCCACGGUGGCCAGGAGGUCACGAGAGCCCAGACAAGUGUCCAUGGCCAGUAUUCUCAACCUUCUGAUGCGAAAUACUGACGCCAGCGCCCCGCAGCUCGACACAGCUGAGCUAGGGCGCCAAGCGGGGUACAAGGUGGAGCGACACACGGUGGUCACUGCAGACGGCUACAUCCUCACGAUGCACCACAUCCCACCCUACGCCAACCCUGCACGAAGAGCCCCAGCCACCAGGGUAAAACGAAGCAGUUCCGAUCGACACAGUAACCUAACCUCGGCAUCCUGGGCGACGGAGGAUCUGAAGGAAAAGGCGAAGAAGGAAGAGCUAAAAAAGGAUGAGGGCAAGAAGGCUGAGGAUUUGAGGAACGAGGAGGAGGAAGAGGAGGAGCACUAUUUCCCUCCUGUCCAUGGUGAGGACUCGAAGGUUGUGUUUCUUCAGCACGGACUUAUGGGAUCAUCUGAUAACUGGAACACCAACACCUACGAUAAUUCACUAGCCUACCUGCUGUCUGACGCUGGCUACGACGUGUGGAUGGGCAACUUCCGCGGCAACAUUUACUCCCGGCGACACGUGAACUUCACCCACCAAGACCCACAGUUCUGGAGGUUCAGCUAUGAUGAAAUGGCCAAGCACGACCUGCCUGCCAUGCUGGAGCACGUGCUGGUGGAGACGGGGGUUGAGAAGGUGGUGUACGUGGGCCACUCCAUGGGCACUACUGUGUUCUUUGCCACCAUGAGCUCACUGCCUGAUUACUAUCAGGACAGGAUUGCAGCCAUGGUGGCCCUCGCACCAGUGGCCACCAUCAAAAGCAUCUCUUCUCCCAUCAAGUACCUGGCCCCGCUCGUCAAUGAGCUCCAUUAUCUGCUGCGCUUCUUUGGGAAUGACCAGGAGGUGAUGACCAACCCAAUGCUCAUCUCCCUGUGGGACCCAUACAGGGUGUGCAGGAACUACAUGCUGUGCGAGAACAUCCAGUUCAUGAUCACAGGCUUUGAUCCGGCUCGUGCUGAUGAGUCAAUGGUACCAGUCAUCCUGUCUCACAACCCUGCUGGGUCAUCCACACAGACACUCUUUCACUUUGCCCAAGGCUACACCUCAGGUCGAUUUCAAAAAUUUGAUUUUGGUUUGAGAGAGAACAUUGUAAAUUAUGGGCAAGAACAACCUCCAGAGUACGACAUAUCCAGGAUCAAGGUGCCCAUUACUCUCUUCUGGGCAGACAACGACUGGCUCACUGGGCAAGAGGAUAUCAAUAACUUGAGGCAGAAGCUGCCAAACCUUCAGGCAAUCCACAAGGUCUCCAAUCCCAUCUUCAGCCACCUGGACUUCCUCUGGGCCACUGAUGCUCGCCCUCUAGUUUAUGAUAAGAUAUUUGAAAUUUUAGAUAGAACUUUACAUAAAUACUUCUAAAAUAAAUUUUAUAGCUUAA